AACUUUCAUGUUUUUAUUGCUGCCUUAGAAGCAAUUGAUAAACAAUACACUUCAUAUAUAAAUGAGCAUGUGUCAAUAUAUGACAACAAAAAUAAAUUACAGUGACAUAGUAUUUAACUUUACAAGGUUGUACAAAAUUUCCAAAUAUGAAUAGAUUUCAACUUAAAAAUUUGAAAUAAGUUAAAACUUCAACUAUUCUGAAGACUUGAAAAAUAUACAUACAAUUUCAAUCAAUCACAUCAUUUACAGUAUGAUUUUUUUUAAGCUGUUAAUCGUAUACUCCCAUAUAUUUUAUAACUGUAUUAGUGGAACAUAUCCUGUUAUAUGCAGAUUUACUGCACUGGGAGGGUGAAAGGGGUUCCCUGAGGGCACAGAACAGGCUUUGAGUGUUUAUAUUUUAUGUAAUUUGAUUACAUUCAUUAACAAGAAAUACAAAACCAAAGCAUUAUUUAUCUGCCCUAUAAGGUAAGACUGAUUUAUCUCCUCUUGCUAGAAUUUCCCUUGAUUCUAAUGAGAAUUCUGAAGUAUGAUUAACAACAGCAUUGGGCCAGACUAAGUCUGUUCAGCCAGGAUAAAUUAGGUCAUAUUAUUUAAUGAAAUAUGUGAAGAAUAUCUGUUUUGUUUUAGAUCUCAUUAUAGGUUACAUAUCUGGUCUUGACUAUGCACCGAGAUAUUUGCUUCCACAACUAGUAGGAAAAUACAUUUGAUACGGCACUUCAAAGUAAUAGGGUGGAUUUUGGACUGCUAUUUUAAACAGCUCAGUUAUAUGCACUUGAUUACUAAAUGUUAUGAAGAUUAAAAACACUUGACAAAUCCCCUCGCCUGUAAGUGUGUGAGUAAUUCAGAAUGCUGAGGGUCCAAUUCAAGCCAUACAGUAAGGUAUAGAAAGCUCAUACUGCAACAUCCUGAUACCUAAGUUAGUGUGUUUAACACAAAGCUGGUCCAACAGAUUCUGUGCUCCAUCAAAAGGAAAAAAACUCACUGAUACAGUAACUGUUUGUGAUGAAACAGACUGAGGAGAUCUAAACAAAAUGGCAUAGGAGAAAACUGCUCAGCUGUCAAAAGUGCAGGAAGACGCUGGUGCAGCCAGAGAUGAGUCUUAGACCCACAGGAACAUAGAAUAAUUAAGGUUGGAAAAGACCACCAAGAUCACCUAGUCCAACCACCAGCACACCCCUACCAUGCCUGCUAACCACGUCUCUCAGUGCCACAACCACACAUUUCCUGAACACCUCAAGGGAUGGUGACUCCACCACCUCCCUUGGCAGCCCGUGCCACUGCCUCACUGCUCAUUUCUGAGAAGAAAUGCUUCCUAACACUCAGCCUGAACCUCCCCUGGCAUAGCUUGAGUCCAUUACCUCUCGUCUGAUCACUGUUAUCUGGCAGAUGAGGCCGACCCCCAGCUUAAAUUGUUUGCAGCGAAUUCAGUAUUAAAGGAAAAAAGAUCCAUGAUGUCUGCUUAUAACUGAAUUUUCUCUUCUCUGAAUACAUUUAAAUGCUGCAUCUGUAAACUGCCCUUCCUCCAAACAGACAAGCGUUAUACAUACAUCAUUUAAAAGGGAAGAAAGGACUGAAACAUGAGCCAGCGAUAAGCAAUUCCUCAUUUCCGUUUUUCUCUAAUGCUGCUGGAAAUAACGGGUAGUGCAGUGCAUACUGAAGCUGGCAGUGUGGCGGGGAGCCGCGGCCCAGCUGUUCAGCGGCAACGGGAGGACGGAGCCGGCAGAGGGCGCGGGGCAGCGCCGAGCCACGGCCGCCUUCCCCCGGAGCGGGGCGGCGGGCUGGAGCCCGGAGCCCGGGCUGAGAGCGGGUCAGAGCGCGGUGUCGCGGCAGUGCCGUCUCCGGGAGCGCCGAGGGCACGGCAGAGCCCGGCCGAGGGCAGGGGCCGGAGUCGGGCCCUGCAGGGAAGCGCGGAUGCCGCGGGAGCACGGAGCGGUGUCACGGAGCAACCGAGCGCGCCAUCAAGCCAGUUGAUAGCAGCCAAAGAUCCCCCGGCAUACGAGUGGAGUCCACGUUGCCUUCUACAAACUUUCCUGCAGAGAGCCAUCCCAGGCAGAGGGGAAUUAGUGUCACCAAAGGAUGAACUUGACAAAAACUACUUUUUCUAAAUCACUCACCGCCCUUGCUACUCUUAAUCUCAAAUAACCUUGAAGUUAUUAUUAUUCUUUUUUUUUUUUUUUUUUUUUUUUUUUUCUUGAUUGCUUGUUCUGUGUUCUGCCCUGUGCUGGAUUGAGAGAGGAAAAAGGAACACGGAAAUACAUUUCAAAAGUUCAUCCAACGUCUCAUGGUUAUGUAAAGCUUACAUCACCAACCGCUUGGCAGACAAUGUGUUGUACAAUCAGAUAUGACUUUAUAUCACAUCAAUUACUUUUUAUCUUAACUAGCAAGCCACUCCAUGAGCAGCAAGGAAAGAAAUGAGUUUAUCAGCUUAUACUAAUGCAACUGUUAUCAGGGGCAUACAGGGUAAAAGGCAUUUGUAGAUUACAAUAAUAAUAUAUUUUCAAGGAAAAUUCCACAUGGGAAGGUGCCACCUGAUUAGCUUUAUAUGGAGGGAUGAAAAAAAAUACGUAUGUAUAAAUAAAUGAGGAUGUUAAAGUAGUCUGGCAGUACAAAAUCCCUUAAGAGCACAAUGCUGCACAAAGGGAGUUCAGUGGGCACCAAGUUUGUGCAGUGCAUUUGGGCUGAUACCCAU